ACUAACUGAACCAUUUUAUACGGGCUUUCUAUAUUUUUGAUAUCUGUGUGUUUUAAAAGAAAUAGGUUAUGUUAUUGUCCAAAUUGGACAUACAUAUUUUCAUUUAAAUAGAUAUUUCUAAAACAUAAUUGAAUUCUUUAAUUAUUCAAGAUGGUUUUCUUAAAUGUAGUCAAUUUAGUGCGAUCUCGCGGACCAGAUGAAUUCUGGCGGAAAAGAAAAAUAUUCCGUUUAGCGGCACAUUUCGUUGGGAGACGUAGAAAUUGCUAUUCAGUUGCAGUCCGAAAUGUACAUCGAGCUUUGGCUUAUGCAAGUAAAGCACGUCAAUUAAAGAAGGAAGAUAUGAAAGAUUUAUGGCGAACUCGUAUCACUGCUGCUUGCGAACAACACAACAUUUCCUCUUUUACCUUAAAGGAAGGAUUAGAACGCUCUAACAUUAUGUUGGAUCAUAAAUCAUUAUCUGAUCUCGCUGUGUGGGAACCGAAAACCUUUGAAUGUUUAGCUGCAGUUGCCCAAGAAAAAUUACGUCUUGAUGGAUUUAUUGAUUACCUCGAUAAGAAACAACCCACAGGAGUAAAUUUAAAUCUUAAAGAUGUAAUGUUAGAAGCUUGGCUUAAAGAAAAAAAGUAGUAAUUAAAACAAAUGUAAUUUUAUUAAUUUACUUAUAAUAAAUAGUAUUACAGUAACAAUUGA